GUACAGUACGAGAUAAUUGCGACAACAAGCAAGUAGUUUGUUUAGAAUAUGAAUCUUAUGAUGAAAUGGCAUAUAAAGAAUUGGAUAGGCUAUGCACUGAAUUGCGCAAGUAUUAUCCGGAAAUUGAUCGAAUCGCGAUUUUUCAUAGAGUUGGGUACGCCAUUUUUGCUACUACACUUUGAUUAGGC